AUGUCGAAGAUAAGCUUCCUUGAUUUCCAGUAUAACAUCUCUAAGAGAAAGUUAUUGCAGAAGCCAAGUCGCUUGUUCUCUCGUGACAGGCAGAAUUCGGGGUUAGUGCCUACCUUCAUGCCAAAACAGGAUGAGCUGAAACUAGUUUUUGACAAAUUUGACUCCAACAAAGAUGGAAAGAUAUCUCAGCAAGAGUACAGAUCGGUUCUGAAAGCACUAGGUAAGCAAAACACAGCUGCAGAAGUUUCAAAGAUUUUUCAGGUAGCUGAUCUUGAUGGAGAUGGCUUUAUAAGUUUCAAGGAGUUUGUGGAAGCACACAAGAAAGGAGGUGGGGUUAGAACAACUGACAUACAUAGUGCUUUUCGGACAUUCGAUGUUAAUGGUGAUGGAAAGAUUAGUCCAGAGGAGGUUUUAAAUGUACUGAGGAGGUUGGGAGAGCAUUGCAGCCUUGAUGAUUGCCGUCGAAUGGUGAGAGCAGUUGAUGCAGAUGGGGACGGUAUGGUCGACAUGGAUGAGUUCAUGACUAUGAUGACUAACACCAUGAACACGGUUGUACUUUAGACAUUUCAUGCUGGAAAUGGUUUCCAUUUUUAAGUUUUCUAUGUCAGUUGUGCUCUAUGAUUUUUAUAAUUUGCUUUACUUUUUAAAGAUUGUACCUAUAAUAAAAGGCAAGCAUAAAUGCAUCAUACAUUCGAUUCAA